UGGGAAGGGACACCAUAAACGACUGUGCUCAGCAACAGAUUUUUUUCGUCCCACUUACCUUAAACGACGACUGUUUCAGACAAACGGUGCCGGUUGGUGGUGCCGCCUUUACCGAUCUCAAAAACUACGUUUUAUCCAUCAUUCUCUUCAAAACCAAAUUCCUCCUUCCUCUUUAUUCACAAACCCUAAUUCAGAAGACAGAAGGUCGCUUUCUUCACCAUCAUUAGCGCGAAAAUGGCAUCUUCUUCAGACUCUUGGAUGAAGGAAUAUAAUGAAGCUGUAAAACUUGCUGAUGAUAUCACUGGUAUGAUUGCUGAACGGAGUUCGUUUCCUGCAUCUGGACCCGAAACCCAGCGGCAUGGAUCUGCUAUAAGAAGGAAGAUUACGAUAUUAGGGACCAGGCUUGAUAGCUUGCAAUCUCUUUUGUCAAAGGUCCCUGCGAAAACUGAGAAGGAGAUGAAUCGUCGCAAGGAUAUGCUUGGAAACUUGAGGACCAAAGUUAACCAAAUGGCUUCAACAUUAAACAUGUCAAGCUUUGCAAAUAGGGAUAGUUUGCUUGGGCCAGAAAUAAAAUCAGAUGCAAUGAGCAGAACUGUUGGCCUGGACAACAGUGGACUAGUUGGUCUUCAACGGCAAAUUAUGAAAGAACAAGACGAUGGCCUUGAGAAAUUGGAGGAGACUGUAAUCAGUACUAAACAUAUUGCGUUGGCAGUGAAUGAAGAGCUGGAUCUACACACCAGACUCAUUGAUGACUUAGACGAACAUGUAGAUGUUACAGAUUCCCGGCUGAGGCGAGUGCAAAAGAACUUGGCAGUUUUGAACAAACGUACCAAGGGUGGUUGUUCCUGCUUGUGCAUGCUUCUAUCAGUGAUCGGUAUAGUGGUUUUGGUUGUUGUCAUAUGGCUGUUGAUCAAAUAUUUGUAAAGAUAAAAAUACCCAACUCGUGAACUUUCUCUCUUUUUUAUGUUUCUAAAUGUGUGCAUUGAAACAUGGCAACGUGUUUCUUUUCUUUUUUUUCACUCGGUGUUUUGGCAAUGACAGGAAUUUACUAAGGUGUUGAAAGGUUUUAUUUUGUAAUUCUCAGUUUUAAAGUUUUGCCUUUGAGUGUUUCUGUUGUAAAAAUCAUUAUAUCGAAAGUGACUUCCUUUAAUGACUUAAGCCAAUUUGAGCUUUUUGGAGCA